CGAUUGCCAAGUACCAGUCAUAUUUCGUGCUCUGAGCAUGCACCCGUUUGACUGAGUUCUGCAGUAUCCACCCGAAUCCCGGAACUCAAGUCACGCCCUCGGUUCGUUACAUCAACGGCUCGAGAGCUCAUCCUUACUUCUCCGUGAGCUCUGUCUGUAUCUUUCUUUUGCACUUGAUCGAUCUUACGAUAUUCUCGAUCAAUAUUUACCCUUCGAGCUGCUACAGCUUCUGAUUUCAACCUCCCUUCCUUUCCCCCCACCUUCUGUAUUCUCCCCACGUCAAAAAAAUGUCGAGUCAACCUCUCCUCCAAACCGCCCCAGGCAAACGCAUCGCGCUCCCCACACGAGUCGAGCCCAAAGUCUUCUUCGCCAACGAGCGCACAUUCCUCUCCUGGCUCAACUUCACGGUCAUCCUGGGCGGUCUGGCCGUCGGCCUGCUGAACUUCGGAGACCGCGUCGGGCGCAUCUCCGCCGGCCUGUUCACCAUCAUCGCCAUGGGGUCGAUGAUCUACGCGCUGGUGACGUUUCACUGGCGGGCGCAGAGUAUUCGCAAACGCGGCCAGACGGGGAUUGACGAUCGGUUUGGACCGACGGUGUUGGCGUUGUCGUUGUUGGCGGCUGUGAUUGUGAAUUUUGUGUUGCGGAUGAAGGAGAUGUAAUUUCAUUCUCUCUCUCGAUUGGUUUGUUUCUUUUCGGUCUGAAAUAUCUGCCUUGUGGCCGACCGGUGGCCGCUACGACUGUUCUUUAUACGACUGCUCUCUACGACUUAUCUAUACACCACGAUGUGCGAUGUGUACGCUUUACUCGCGGUCGAUGCUGGCACAGGCCCACGAAUGUACGCCAGCGGUCUUUUUUAAUUUUUGUUUUGGUGCAUGUUGAGUAGUGGAUAGACCAUCGUCCAGAGCAUGACUUGACGGUAUAGAUCCUCAUUCAGAUUCAUUCGUGCAUUCUCUUUUUUCUUCCGAUGUUUAGCAUGCUGUGUUGAGGUGUUUUCAAAUCAGAUUGUACUACAGGGACAGGGACAGAAUAUCAACUUAUCAGGGUUCUCCUUGGACUGGUGAUCAGUAGGG